AGCCAAUCUGCUUCCAAUACAGCGGACCAAAGAGCGCAAAAAGACCCGGUGGAGAGAACAGCACCAGCGAGCGCACGUAAGCCAUGGAGCUGAUGUCUCACGCCUCCACCUUCCUCCUCCCCUCUCUUCCUCCAAGCUGCCGCCCGAGUCUAACGUACGCCCUGGUCAUUCUUAACCAACACCUCCCUCGCUUCACUCCUCUCUUAUGGAAGCACGCAAAGCUACGGCUCUGCGCUGAUGGAGGAGCAAACCGUCUGUAUGAUGAAAUGCCUGGGUUGUUAUCUCAUGAAGAUCCCUCGGAUGUCCGACGCAGGUACAAGCCCGACAUAAUCAAAGGGGACAUGGAUUCAAUCAGAUCAGAAGUGCAGGAAUUUUAUUCAACCCUGGGGACCAAAAUAGUGGAUGAAUCACAUGAUCAGGACACUACAGAUUUACGCAAAUGUGUUAAUUUUAUCCUAGACCAUGAACUAGAGCUGGGCAAGUCUAAUUUGAGCAUUCUUGUUGCAGGAGCUCUUGGUGGGAGGUUUGAUCACGAGGUUGGAAACAUAAAUGUUCUCUAUCGGUUUUCAAACAUCAGGAUAGUUCUUUUGUCCGAUGAUUGCUUGAUCCAGCUUCUUCCGAAAACCCACCAUCAUGAGAUUCAUAUACAGCCCUCUGUAGAAGGUCCGCACUGUGGCCUCAUUCCCAUGGGCGAGGCAUCUGCAAGAACCACCACGACAGGCCUACAAUGGGAUCUUAUGGACACGGCAAUGAAAUUUGGUGAUCUUAUAAGUACAUCCAACAUUGUACGCGAGGAGAACAUCACUGUUCGUUCAGAUUCGGAUCUUCUGUGGACGAUAUCCAUCCGAAGGCCGACGUGAAGUGCAUACUGUUUUCAAUACCGCAGACAUCUUCAUUGGGAGUAGGUGCACACAUUAUCCCCACUGUUUACGGACAGAUGGUGGGAAUCAAUAAGCAUUUCAAGGGUGCGAGCCUGUGCCUCAAUGGUAGACUGCGUUUCAGCAUUGCGGUCUCAGGUUAAAACAAGCAUUUCAAGACGUUUGAACUUUUCAGUAGUUGAAAUGCAUGUAGAGAGCAAUGGUUUGCAAGACUGAGUGUGAGGGUUGAUACUCUGGCAUGUGGUGUAUAUUAACUUGAUAAAACUGGCUUUAAGUUGUGGGAGUUGCAUUAGAUAAGUUAAAUUUUCAAUUUUGAGAUUGAUUGGACAUUUGUAAUCUCUAAUAUAAUGAAUUGUGCCCACCUGAGUAUUAGAAUGCCUUUAUUCGUAGGAUGUCCAUGAA